AUUUCAGUGCCAAUAUAUUUUUUCGAUUUUGAUAUCAAUUUCAUUACUAAAAAUAUAAGUAUAUAAAAAUGCAGCAACACGAAGAGGACCUAUUACGGCUGAAUAGGAAAAUCAAACAAUUAAUUGGGAGAAACGAUUACCUGGAAACUCGCAGUGCCGAACUAGAAACUGAAAACCAAGCACUGAAGAUGGAAGCUGACCAGAUCAGAAACAACAAUCGCAAACUAUCGGAGCUGGCGUUGCAAUACAAAAUGCAACUUGAAAAAGAAACCUCCGUACGGGAACAGCUGUAUGUGGCCAACCAGAAGCACAAGGAAAGACAUCGAAUGCUGCUGGAUCGGUACAGCCAGUCUGCAGAGGAAGCAAAAGUUCUGAGACAUAGUUUGAAAUCGGCUGUAUCUACGAGGAGAAUUACGCACGUGCCAGUAGAAAUUAUCGGGACAGUUUCCGACAUCGGUAAAAGUAAAGAGUGGGAAGAACUGAAGAUCAAAUGUGAUCGGUUAGAGAAGGACUUGUCCGGUACCUAUGCCAUCAUUGAUGAUUUGGAGUUCGAACUAGAAAGUAUAGAUUAUUUAGAAGACGAAAAUGAGCGGCUGCAACAAGAAAUUAAAAAUUUAAGAUCCGAUUAUCGCGGUUCGAACCUUGCAACCGAAUUCCCUGCCAAAGAUGCAGACAAAUCGUCAUCGGUCCAGAGGGGCGGCGAUAGAGUGACUUCAUCGACAGAGUGUUCGGAUGACACUACAGAAGAAGUGAUAGAAAGACGCUCAAAUAGUGCUAGGAAAUUUCGUCUAGAAGACCUGCACAGGAAACUCGAAACCUUGCACGUGAGACACAGCGUCCGCAUCCAAACGAGCUGCAAUCAAAACCGGUCAUAAGACAUUGAAUUCGCGUUACAAACAUCGA